CUCUCUCUGAUUACAGAGGCACAGAGCUGUAGAGCAAACAGAAGGGAGCUCUGUGCCUGUCCUGCCUCAUUCCUGACACCCUGCACCUACAGUAGAUUUAUUCCGCCUUUUGCUACCGACUCUACCUUCCUAAACUUCUCGCCACACUUGGGAUUUGUGGCCCAGGAUUGGGCUAGCUUUACCUGUCCUCACGCACGCUUCCCCUCACCCACCUGUAGACUCAGAUUACUUUUCUUUUUCAAGGCGAAUGCUUUGUCGGCUCUAGAUCUGACAACAAAAUGAGCAUUAACGGAGGGUCCCAUACCCGGAUCAAUACCCUCGGCAGGCUCACUAGAGCAGAGUCUGGCCCGGAUCUAACCGGCAGGUAUGAGAUGAACAACCACCACAAAAUGGUUGGAGGAGGUGGAGGAGGAGGAGGAGGAGGAGGAAUUACGCCGCACAAGGGUUACUACAUCCAGCAGUCAUACAGUGAACACACCGGAGAUGGCUACGGACAAACCGGGACAAUGUCUCGCCGUCCAAACACUGUGCAAGACAUCCUACAGCAUAUAUCCGAUAGCUUAAUCCGUGCUGAACUGAUUGCAGCCCCAGAGCUAAAAUAUGGUGAUGGAAGCCAGCUCGUUCGCAAUAGAGAACUGGAAGAAUGUCUUGGGGGAGCCCAAGAAGAGAUGGAGAUGGUUGAAGGCCUGAUCAAGGAGAUGAGAAUGAUGGGACAGCCAUGUGACUCCUACCAUAGGAAAUUGCUUCAGCUUUAUGACCAGAUGCGUGCCCUUGACAAAGCCAUUCAUGGUCCACGUAUGCGCAAAGGAUCUAAAGGUGGUGGAUUUUCUUCCCAGAGUGGCUCUGGAUGGGAUGAUUACACAAAGAGGAUCACUACAGAGACCUUAAAUCAAAUUCGGCAGCAAAGACGUCAAAUGGAAAUUGUUGAUUGGGGAUUCGAUGCCGCUUCUGUAGAACAGCAGAUUGGUAGCCACAGAAAAUUCCACAACGCCAUUGCUGACUAUCGGUGGGAGCUGGACAAAAUUAAAGUAGAACUGCGUGAAAAGGGAGCAAUUUAUCAACUAGAAGAAGAAUAUGAUGCGUUGCUGAAACUCUCGUUUGAAAGAAUGGAUCAGCUGCGUCAGCUGCAGAACAUCAUUCAGGCCACAUCUAAGGAAAUCAUGUGGAUCAAUGAUCGAGAGGAAGAAGAACUCGUCUAUGAUUGGAGUGACAAGAACACUGACAUUCCAAGGAAGCAGGAGUCAUUCUCUAAACUUAUGAGUCAGUUAGAGGUAAAGGAAAAAGAUCUGAACAAACUGAAGCUAGAAAGUGACCAGCUGAUCAUGAAUCAACAUCCAGCAGCAGACAAGAUUGAGGCUUACAUGGAUACCCUGCAGACUCAGUGGAGCUGGAUUCUUCAAAUUACCAAAUGCAUUGAUGUUCACCUGAAAGAAAAUGCUACCUACUUUCAAUUUUUUGAUGAGGCAGAGGGCACCCAGACUUACUUAACAAACCUUCAAGACACUAUCCGGAAGAAGUACCCAUGUGACAAAAGCAUGCCGUUGUCACGCGUCCUGGAAAUGAUUAAAGAUUUGGAGAAAGAAAGAGACAAAAUUAAUGAAUACAAACGACAGGUUCAAAAUUUGGUCAAUAAAUCCAAGAAAAUAGUACAGCUCAAGCCAAGAAACCCGGACUACAGAAGAGACAAACCAAUCGUUCUCAAGGCUCUUUGUGACUACAAGCAGGACCAGAAAGUUAUACACAAAGGAGAUGAAUGCAUCUUGAAGAAUAAUUCUCAGCGCAGCAAAUGGAACGUGACUGGUCCUGGUGGGCUAGACAUGGUGGUUCCUUCUGUCAGUUUGAUUAUCCCACCACCAAAUCCAGGAGCUGUAGACCUGUCUUCGAAAAUAGAGCAGUUUUAUGAAGCAAUUCUGGCUCUCUGGAACCAACUUUACAUCAAUAUGAAGAGCUUGGUGUCAUGGCACUACUGCAUGAUUGACAUAGAGAAAAUUAGGACCAUGACACUUGCUAAGCUGAAGACCAUGCGCCAAGAAGACUACCAAAAGGUUGUUACCGAUUUGGAAAUACAUUAUCAGGAGUUCAUGAGAAACAGCCAGGGUUCAAACAUGUUCGGUGAAGAAGACAAAAGGAAAAUGCACAGUCAGUUUUCUGAAGCGCAGAAACAUUAUCAGACCCUGGUAGUACAGCUCCCUAGCUACCAAACUAAGGAGACCACGUACAUCAAGACAAGACCACCACCACAAAUAAACACCUCUGAAAGAGUUGAAGUUGUUACCCAAACUUCUGCCUCAAAUGUGAAAGGAGGUAACAUUUCUACUACUGUAGUAGACCAUGACAGGCUGAAGAACGAGAACUGGUUGUUGCUAGAGCUACAAAAGAUCCGCCAGCAACUGGAGAUCCAUGAGACAAGGCUUCUGCAAAGGAAUGUCUACAAUGUUGACCAAGAAACCCUCAGAGAUUUGUCUUACAGAAUAAACGAUAUAGGGUCUUUGAGAGGAGAUGCACAGAACAUAUCAGCCCAAAUUAUCAAGAUUAAAGAGAUGAUCCUGAGCUUAAAAGACUCUGACAAGUCAUCGUAUUUCCAGUCUGAGCUGAAUGCACUAUUAAAGAAAAUGGAGAAUAUUCAAGGCUUCUCUGCAGACCAUUCAGAAAGACUCCAGUCACUGAAAAUUCUACUCCAGAGUAUUCUUCAGACUGAAGAUCUGAUAAAGGUUUCUGAAGCUCGAUUAACAGAAGAAGAAACCAUUUCUCUUGAUCCAGCAAAAGUUGAAGCAUGUAGAAAUGUGCUGAAGAACAUGAAAGCUGAACUAGAGCAUAAGAAACCACAGUUGAUAUCUCUGGAUACAGAGCUGAAGAAAACACUGCAGAUAAAUGACCGUGUUGCCCAGGCCUAUCCAUACUGUGAAGUAGACCUCUCCAAAUUCGCUGACAAAGCCAAUCAACUGACUGAGCGCUGGCACAGGAUAGAUAAAGAGAUUGAUGACAGAUCUUGGGAGCUUGAGAAGCAAGGAAAACAGCUGAGGAAUUAUAGAGAUAUGUAUCAGUCCCUGAGCAAGUGGAUCAGUGACACCAAACAGAAGCUAGACGUCUUAGAGUCUGCAAAGCUUUCAGAUGCCAAUACUGUUGCGAGAUACCUAAAUGAACAAAAGAAUCUGAAUGUUGAAAUACAAGGCAAAAGAGAAAAGAUAGAAGAGGUCAUGAAGACUGCAGAACAAUGCGCAUCAUCUAUCAAGGAUUAUGAGCUCCAGUUAGCAUCAUACAGUGCUGGACUGGAAACCUUACUUAACAUCCCAAUAAAAAGGACCGUGGUACAAUCCCCAGCAGUUGUCGUCUUGCAAGAGGCUUCUGACAUCCAAGCACGCUACGUUGCGUUGCUCACUAGAGGAGGUGAUUUCUACAGAUUUUUGCAUGAGAUAGCAAACAGCAUGGAAGACUUGAAGAUGAAAAACACUAGGAUUGAGCUACUUGAGGAGGAACUGCGCCUUGCUAGAGAUGCAAACUCAGAUAAUUCCCAGAAAAACAAGUUUCUUGAUCAGAAUCUUCAAAAGUAUCAGAUAGAAUGCUCUGAGUACAAAUCAAGAUACCUUCUUCUGGAAGAUAUGAAGAGGAAGGCAGAAAUGGAAGGGUCUACUGCAAAACAGAACCUUGAAAAAAGUUACAGUCAGAUAAAUGAGCUUAAUGAAAAGAUAACCAGGCUCACAUAUGAGAUAGAUGAUGAGAAAAGGAGGAGAAAAGCACUGGAGGACAGAUGUGAACUGCAGAAGAAUGAAUUUGACCAAAUUCAGCAAAAGAGGCAUAGUGAAUUAGAAGGUGUCAACCGCCACAAAAUUGAAACUGAGAAGACAGUCAAGGAGAAGGAAUAUGAGAUAGAGAGGCUAAGAGUUCUUCUGCAGGAAGAGGCCCAGAGGAAGCGGGACUAUGAGAAUGAGCUGUCAAAGGUAAGGAAGCAGUGUAAUGAUGAGGUCAGUAGUUUGAGGAACAAGUAUGAAUCUGAAAUAAACAUUACGAAGACCACAAUACAGCAAAUAACCGUUCAGAAGGAAGAAGACACAUAUGAAUUACGAGCCCAACUUGAGAAAUUCGCCAGAGAAAAUAGAGAUCUUACCCAAGAAAUCACCCGACUUAAUGAAAACAUUGUCCAAACAAAUGAACAGCGCAGAAGGGCAGAAGAUGAUGCUCUCCAGCAGAAAGCCUCAGGGUCUGAGCUUGCUCAGAGAAAGCAGCAUUUAGAAAAGGAAUUACAAAAAUUAAUUACCAGUCAUUCAGAUGAAAUUACAAGAUUUAAUAUAUCACUGGAAGAAGCUAGCAGGACUAUUCAAGAUAGAAACGAUGACAUUAACAAGUUGAAGUACCAACUUCAGGAGGAAGCUGCACGUCGGAAACAAUAUGAAAACGAGCUUGUAAAGGUAAGAAACAGUUGUGACGAUCAGCUUAUAAAUUUAAAAAACAAGUAUGAGACAGAAAUUAAUAUUACAAAAACCACUAUCCAUGAACUAAGUAUUGAAAAAGAAGACAACAUCACUGGCUUAAAUCAACAGUUAGAUAAUCUAACAAGAGAGAAACGAGACUUGUUGUCAGAGGUAAACAGACUAAAGUCCUCUCUAACACAAAUGACAAAUAAUUUUAAAAAAACGGAGGAUGAUGCUCUCCAGCAGAAGUCAUUCACUACAGAGUUGACUCAAAGGAAGCAACAACUAGAGAUUGAAUUAAGGCAACUUAACAUGCGUAGAACUGAGGAGGAGCAAAGAAACAAAAAAUCCCUUGAUGAUGCUGCCAAAACGAUCCAGGAACGCAAUAAAGAAAUUGAAAGGCUGAAAAAAGUUAUUGAGGUUGAAUUAGACCAAAAGAAAAAACUUGAGGAUGAGCAUGUUAAGUUACAAAGGGCCCAGUUUGACCUACAGAAAUCCAACAACAAUGCUACAGAGACCAUAAGUAAAUUAAAGAUCCAGGAGCAAGAAUUAAUAAGACUUAAAUCAGAUUAUCAGAAACUGUUCACAGAAAAACAAGGGAAAGAUAAUGAAAUUAGCAGACUUCAAGUCAAUCUGAAAGAGCUGCAGACACAAAAGAAUAAACUCGACGAAGAGAUAAACAGGCAAAAAAGAAUUACUACAGACGAGUAUGCAAAAAAUAAAAAGUUUGAAGAAGAGUUGGAGGCUCUUAGAAGAACUAAUAGUGAACAACUGAAAAAGAUCACAACUCUAACACAACAAGUAGAGCAAAUUACAAUCAUUAAACGACAAACUGAAGAAGACUUAAGGCAACAGAGAGAGUCUUUAGAUGGUCAACUCAGAGACCAGCAAAGAAACAUUGAUGAGCUGAGUAAACUUGUAGUUGAGGUGGAAAGUCUACGUCGGCAGCUACACGUAGAGCAGGAAAACCUACGGCAGGCUCAUAUAAGAAAUGAGCACCUGCAGAAAACCAUUGAAGAGAGAAACCGAAGCCUAAAUGAGAGUAAAAUAGAGAUAGAAAGGCUGCAGUCAAUAACAGAAAAUCUGACUAAAGAGCACCUGAGGCUGGAAGAAGAGCUGCGCUAUGUUAGACUAGAAUAUGAGGAAGUCAAGAAAUGUAAAGAUGAAGUAGAUGGUGAAAAAAAUGCAACUAUUACAGAACUAAAGAACCAGCUGCAAAUCAGCAACAAGCGAUCACUGGAACUACAGGGCCUAAUAAAUGAAUUGCAGAAAGAGAGGCAAAUUUUGAGACAGGAAAUUGAAAAAUUCCAAAAGCAAGCACUAGAGGCCACUAGUAAGAUACAGGAAACUAGUUCGAAAUGUACUGAAGUAGCUCAAGAAAAAGAGAGCCUUUUAAUGAAAAUAAAACUUUUGGAACAAGACAGAACAAGGUUACAGCGUCUUGAGGAGGAAUUAACCCGUGCAAAGGCAGCAUUAGAUGCAGAAUCACGAAAUAAGCAACGCCUGGAAGAGGAGAAACAGCAAAUUCGAAAUGACCUUAAUCAGUGGAAGACACAAUACAACCGCAAGGAUGAAGAUGUAAAGAGAAUCGAGAGUGAUUGGGAGAGAAGCGAAAGAGAAAAAGUGUCGUACAAAACUGAAAUUGAAAGAUUGCAGGCAGAGAUUAGGUCUAUUGAAGAGAGAUAUAGGAGGAAGAUAGAAGAAACUCAACGAUUGACUCAGGCAGAUUUUGAUAAUCAACGACUAACUCUUGAAAGGGAGCUGGAGAAUCUUAGGAGGCGACCUGUAUCUUCAAGUAAGCAGAUUCAAACUGAUGAAGAUAUGUCAAUUGAUCCUUCUAAGUUUGUUUUUGAUGGUCUGAGGAAAAAAGUUACAGCACAUCAACUUCUGGAAUGCCAAAUAAUCACAAAGUCUACUUAUGAAAAAUUAAUAAAGGGCCAGAGAACAAUAGAAGAAAUUGCAGCUGAAAUUGAACCUUUUUUGAAAGGUGCCGGUGCAAUUGCCGGAGUAUCUGUAACACCUAAAGAAAAAUAUUCAUUUGUGGAAGCAAAGCGUAAGAAAUUGAUUUCACCUGAGGGCACGGUAAUGCUUCUAGAGGCUCAAGCUGCAACAGGCGGAAUAAUAGACGUGCAAAGGAAUGAAAAGUUAUCAGUGGACAAUGCUGUAGCUAGGGAUCUCAUUGAUUUCCAAGACAGAGAGGCCAUUUAUACUGCAGAAAAAGCGGUCACUGGUUUUAAAGAUCCUUUUUCAGGAAAAAUCGUAUCAGUUUCAGAGGCGAUCAAGAAAAAUUUGAUUAGUCGGGAAGUUGGUAUACGGCUUUUAGAAGCUCAAGUGGCUGCUGGAGGAAUAGUAGACCCAGUAAACAGUGUCUUUGUGCCUAUUGAGGUUGCAUUAUCACGUGGCUUGAUUGAUCGUGAUUUAUAUAGAUCUCUGAAUGACCCCAGUGAUGAUGGAAAGUAUUAUGUGGAACCAGUCACUAAGAAGAAUGUCAGUUAUGCACAGCUUAGGCAGAAAUGCAGAGUUGAACCUCACACUGGCCUACUUUUGCUUCCAGUAAUGAAGAAAAGCCUUUCAUUCCAAGGUAUAAGACAUCAAGUACCUCUGACAGAGUUAGUAGAGUCUGGCAUUAUUCGUUCUUCUACAGUAGAUCAACUAGAAUCUGGGCAGAUUUCUGUAGAAGAAGUCAGUGAAAGAAUUAAAGAUUUUCUGCAGGGAUCCAGUUGUAUUGCUGGUAUCUACAAUGAGGCUACAAAGGAGAAACUAGGAAUCUAUGAAGCUAUGAAAAAAGGAUUGCUUAGACCAGGAACAACACUGGAACUACUGGAGGCACAGGCAGCAACAGGGUUUAUAGUGGACCCAGUAAAUAAUCUAAGACUGACAGUGGAAGAAGCCUACAGAAGAGGACUUGUUGGAAUUGAAUUCAAAGAAAAACUAGUGUCUGCAGAAAGAGCUGUAACAGGUUACAAAGACCCAGAAACUGGAAAUAUAAUUUCUUUAUUUCAGGCUAUGAACAAGGAACUUAUAGAGAAGGGACAUGGUAUCCGCUUGCUGGAAGCUCAGAUUGCUACUGGUGGAAUCAUUGAUCCAAAAGCAAGCCAUCGUUUACCUGUUGAUGCUGCAUAUAAACGUGGAUAUUUUAAUAAAGAACUGAAUGAAAUCCUUUCAGAUCCUAGUGAUGACACCAAAGGCUUUUUUGACCCCAACACAGAAGAAAAUCUGACAUACUUGCAACUAAAAGAAAGAUGCAUUGUUGAUGAGAAAACCAAUCUUUGUCUAUUGCCUUUAAAAGAAAAGAAAAAGUUGGUUCAGGCAUCCCAAAAGAAAACUUCUAGGAAACGUAGAGUGGUAAUAGUGGACCCAGAUACCAACAGAGAAAUGACUGUACUGGAAGCUUAUAACAAAGGGCUGAUUGAUUAUGACACCUAUCUUGAGCUUUCAGAACAAGAGUGUGAGUGGGAAGAAAUAACUACUACAGGUUCAGAUGGUUCAACCAGAGUUGUACUUGUUGACCGCAAGACAGGCAAUCAAUAUGAUGUCCAAGAAGCAAUAGAUUUGAACAUAAUCAGCAAAAGCAACUUUGAACAAUACCGUGCUGGUACCUUAAGCCUUACUCAAUUUGCAGACAUGAUUUCCAACAAGAACCUAAGUGAUGAUGUUUUAGUUACUUCCCGACAAGAUUCCUUCUCAUCCCUCUCAUCUCCCAGAUUUCGAACAAGUUCCUGGUCUAAAAGUGGAUCGUAUUCAGACUCCUUAGAAGAAACUAGUCCUAUUGCAGCCAUAUUUGAUACUGAAAAUUUAGAAAAAAUCUCCAUCUCAGAGGGCAUCAAGCGUGGUAUUGUUGAUACAAUUACUGGACAGCGUUUACUUGAAGCACAAGCAUGCACAGGUGGCAUUAUCAACCCAACCAGUGGUCAAAAAAUUUCUCUUCAAGAUGCUGUAGACCAAGCCAUAAUAGACCAUGAUAUGUCAGCCAGGCUGAAACAAGCUCAGAAAGCAUAUUCUGGUUUUGAUGGAGUUAGAGGGCAGAAAAAAUUAUCUGCUGCUGAAGCAAUGAAAGUGAACUGGCUGCCAUAUGAAGCUGGACAACGUUUCCUUGAGUUUCAGUAUCUAACAGGGGGCCUUAUCGAUCCAGAAACACAAUCCAGAAUUACAACAGAAGAAGCUAUACGGAAAGGUAUCAUUGAAGGCCGUGCUGCUCAGAAACUGCGUGACGUCAACAAUUACCCCAAAAUUCUGACCUGCCCAAAAACUAAACUGAAAAUCUCCUACAAAGAAGCAGUUGAUCGUUCAAUGGUUGAAGAUAUAACAGGUCUAAGAAUGCUGGAAGCAGCUUCAGUGUCUUCUAAAGGAAUAAGCAGCCCAUACAAUGUGUCUUCAGCACCUGGAUCCCGUUCAGGAUCUCGUUCAGGUUCACGAAGUGGAUCCCGACGAGGAAGUUUUGAUGGUACCGCCUCUUCAUACAGCUUUUCUUUCCAGUCUGCUAGCAGUAGUUCUUUAGUAAACUAAUUGGUAGUGGGUUUGACUAUCUUAUGGGGUAAAACUAUGCAGGUUUUUGCCUUAAAAAUAACAUUUGUUUAAAAUAGAUGCUUCAUAUUUUCUUAUUUGAAAUGUUAUAAAAUGUGCACUGAAAAAACAAACGUUUUAUGUAUCUAGCAAUGUGUAUGGGUAACACAUUAUUUGUAAUGUAGUUUACAUUUGCUGUGCUUUUUCUACCAAUUCUUAUCCAGUUUCGACAUUCUUGGUGAAUGCUUCCUAGCUACUUCUGCAUUUUCUAGUUCUUGCAGUUUGGCUUGAAUUUCUGUAAUGCAAUUCUAAAAGCACGAAAGUGGUUACGGUUCCAGUCUUAGAUUUUUAUAAAGAUUAACUUCCCAGCUUUAAUAUAGUUCAUUUUAUGCCAUACUUUCAUACAACUGUGUGAUUUACCAGAGACAGCAUUUUAUAUUCAACUUGCUUGUUUGUUAUAUUGGCUGGCAAUAAAGUUUGAAACAUUU